AGUUUAAUUGUUUAUAUUUUUAUUAUGAUAUUGUACUAUACAAUAAACUGAGAAAGUCUUGCGCAUCGAACCUCUGUCUUUUUUCGGUGUCUUGCAGUUCAGCGGUUACAGGAUGCAAUGGGCACAAAUGCGAAAAGAGAUGAGGGGCGUGAAUGAUUGAAAUGUCUGGAGCACAUAGGCGUUCAGUUCUGCUCUUCAAACAACGUAGUCACCUGUAACGUAGCUACCUGUACUAGGCUGCGCCUUAAUUAACUUUCCGUGGCUUGGCAGAGGACGUUUAUUACGGAAGAUCUCUCAAAGGCUAUCAUAAAAAGAUUAUAAGGCAUCAGAAAUGUUUAUUUUAAUGCACUUCACGUGAUUUGUGAGUCGCUUUUGCGCGUGUUUGGAUUGUUUUUUCCCUCGCGCAAUGACUUUGGCACGGGGUUUGCUCGUAAUCCUGAGUUUAGUUUCCAACUCUGAGGCAAAAUGCUCUCCCACCUCAUUUUAUAAAAACUGCUGGAUUCGUCGUUUCCCCGGGAUAUUUAUCGACAUCGACGAGUCUCAACGAAGGGGCGCCCAGCUUCUGAAAUUCUACCAGGAGGACUCGGCGCUGAAGUGCAGCCGCACCUGUUGCAUUACCCGAAACUUUUCCUGUAACCUGGCCGUGUUCCACUAUGACACCGUCCAGGAGAGCGUCAACUGCUUUCAUCUGCGCUGCCCCGAGUUGGACAGCUGCGUCCUGAGGCGCAGAAACAACGUUGUCCUCUACAAUGUGACCAAAGGUGUGGACCCCGACCUGCUGGUGUUUGGGAAGUACUUCACCUCCAGUGUGCGGGUUUGGCCCCACCUCUCUUCCAGACUCAACGCGUCUGAGCCCCUGGCCUCUGACAAGCGCAAUUUCAACCGCCCCCUUGUCAUAGCAACAACCCCCCCAACCACAACCGCUGCACAGCCACCCACCACAGCCACCACAGGGGCAACUACCACAGUGUCAAUAACCACGGGAACAACUACUACAAGGACAACUACCAUAGGGGUAGCUAUGCCUGAGUUUGCUACCACAGGGGCAAUUACUACAGCGACAACUACCCCAGCACCGCUAGCCAUAGGGAUAACUACCCCACGGGCAACUACCACAGAACCACAGUCCACAGAGGUAACUACUACAGCACUGCUGGUCAAAGAGAAAACUACCCCAGCAGUAACUACUCCUGAGGCAACUACCCCUGGCACAAAUACUCUCGAAACAAUUAUCCCUGGGGCAACAACUCAUGGGGCAACUACACUAAGAGUAACUACUAUUGGGGUAUUUACCACAGUGGCAGUUACCACAACCUCACUAACCCCCAGGGCCUCCACUCGAUCAUCCCCAGUCCCAGACACACCCACCCAAAGCUCCAGCCACCAGGUGAGCAAUUCUCCCUCCAUCCUGUUUUCCCCUACACCACUCACUUCCCCCAGCACACCAACCUCCUCCACCCACACCCCCAGCACACCCACACCCGCCUCCCCCACCCACACCCCCAGCACAUCCAAUACUUCCACCCACUCCCCCAGCACACCUGCACCCACCUCCCCCACUCACAUCCCCAGCACACACCACUCACACCCCCAGCACACCCACCUCCUACACCCCCAGCAGAAUCUCCUCCCCCACCUACACCCGCAGCACACCCACAUCCUUCACCCACGCCCCCAGCAAAAAAUACCUCCCACACCACCAGCACACCCACACCCACCUCCCCCACCUCUACCCCCAGCACACCCACCUCCUCCACCCACACCGCCCAGCACACCCACCUCCCCCACUCACACCCCCAACACACCAACUUCCUCCACCCACACCCCCAGCACACCCACAUCCUUCCACCCCAACACCCCACACACCCACACCCCACCCCCCUCCACCUCCCAGCACACCCACCUUCCCCACCCACACCCCAGCCACACACCCACCUCCCCACCCACACCCCCAGCCUCCCCCCGCAGCAACCACCCCCCACCCUCCUCCAUACCACACCCCCAGCACACCCACCGUUCCACCCACACCCCAGAAAACCCUACCUCCCCACACCCCCCCAGCACACCCACACCCACCUCCUCCAUCACACCGCCAGCAACCACCUCCCCACCCACCCCCAGCACACCCACCUCCCACCCACACCGCCAGCACACCCACCUCCCCCACUCACACCCCCAGCACACCCACCUCCCCCACCCACACCCGCAGCGCAGCAACACCCACCUCCUCCACCCACACCCCCAGCACACCCACCUCCCCACCCACACCUCCAGCACACCCACCGCCUCCACCCACAUCCCCAGUACACCCAAGUCCUCCACCCACAUCCCCAGCACACCCACCUCCCCCACAAACACCCCCAACACACUCACACCCUCCUCCCCUAUCCACACCCCCAGCACACCCAACACUCCGACCUACGCUGCUUCCUCCACCAAGACCUCCACCGAUCCAUCUCUCUCCUCCCCCACCACCCUGCCGGUCACCCCAUACUCCACUAUCGCCAUUCCCGCCAACCUCGAUGGAGGGAAAAACUCCCAGAAUGACACCAAAGGCUACGUCAGCCGUAACCUCACCACGGUGGACGGGGCGGGGCUAGGGGAGGGAGAGAGGGUGGGGCUGGGGUCAGGGACCGAGGCCGGGGAAGACCAGAGUCCCGCCCACAACCUGACACCAGUCUGGCACCUGGCGGCCAACACCCUGCUGGUUCCUGUGAUCGCGUGUGUCGCCGCCCUGCUGGCCUGCUGCUGCACUGUCUUGAUGGCGGUCGGUAUGCGCUGCAGGAGGAAAGGCCGCUACAGGGCCUCCCGACGGAACGGCAGGGGCUCCAUGCGCCUCAUCAAGUACGUCAUCGUCAGGGAGAGCCUGUGAGCCAAUCAUGUGACUUCACCUGAACUCUGACCUUUGCCACAAUCUUCUGCUUGAUGUGUCCACUAAGGACUUCAUGUGGAGGUGUAAGUAUAUUCACUUCUGUGGCAAAUUUCUCAAAUAAGAGUUCCUCUGUGAAAAGCGGGAAGAUGUUAUGGAGGAUUUACAGAAGAUCUUGGGUCAGGUGGGGAAAUUCUCCUGAAGUUGCUGACCGUUUAAUUUAUAUUCCCAGGAUGUUGACUUGUUUUAAUGAUCAUUGACUGGUCGUUCAUAUUAAUACCUUAAGACAAAAACAGACACCAUGGCAGCAACUUGAUCUGCCAAUAAUGACAGUCUGUGUCAUUAAUAAAAAUGGGGUUCUGGCGGGAAGGUGGGAUGUGUUACCCUGCCAAGGACAAAACUUUGCCUGGAAUAUUUUUUGGGUCUGUUGUUGGAAUAUGUUCAAUCCCUGCAUGUGCAAACAUUCCUGAUUAAACAUGUUGAGUCAGUCUGAAAAUGGUGUGAAAAUGUCCCUGGAAGUAUUCUGUUAGACUGCGUUGUAGUUGAAACAAACUGCUGUUCAGAAUUAUUGCUUUGGGAUCAUUUUCAUAGAAAAGAUCAAACAUUGCCAGUAAAUGCAUGUCUUUUAAUGUCUCUGGUCUGCAUGUGAUUGAGACAAAGUCCUGAGAGAAACUGUAAAAAGAAGAGUCUUUGUAAUUUACUUUUGUAAUAGGCUUUACUUUUUUAAAAACAGUUGUGACGCACAAAUGCUUUGCUGUCAUUAUUUUGCUUUUUGAUUCACUUUUGAUGCAGUGACCUUUUAUGUUGGUGACUCUGAAAAUAUAAAUUAUGCUGGUCUACUAUUUUUAACACCUGUACUUUGUCAGUGCUGCCAAAGUAGUUGUACCUUUUGUAGUAAUGUAGUUUCAGGAUACUAUUGAUAAUGUCCAAUGAGACUCCAUAGCUAAUAAUGUUUUUAACAUUGGUCUUGUUUUGAAAGCAUGAGUGUGGUACUUUUCAUCUUUUUCUCCACUGAGUUCACAUUGUCUACAGUGCUUGAGAUG